UCAAUAGCGGAGUGAGAAUUAGCAUUCUCGACGAUUUCAGAGCUUUUGUUGUGAGGAAAAACCAUGUCUGGUUCUGUCUUCCUAUUGCAGAGUAAAUCAGUGAAUCAUCAGUAGAAUUCAACACAGGUCUUUUCAAUCCUGGCUCUUAAACUGACUCAUGCCUGCAUGUGUCAUCUUGGUUCAUUUUGUUGUGUCCAGGUUACAGAUUUAGCCAUUAUCUGCCCAGCAUUCGUUUAGUUUUGAAUGCCGCCCCUUCUGACAAGACCAGCAUAUGUUGACAUUUGGAUGCUUGUGUGCAGGCUUCUUGACUAAUGACUACUGUAGCUUUAUCAACUUAUAUUGAGGGUUUACCAGCUUGUCCAGCACCAAAUAAGUACCACGAGAAUAGACCACACGGGACCAGCAUGAGGAUUUAGGCACUCUUUAUCCCUGUAUGGUGUUCAUUCAUGGCUGACCCAAAUGAUGGACCCUCACCAUUAUUUGUUUUCUUAAAUCAAGAAAGCCAUAAAUGUAAAAAUGCUUUGCUGAUGUCUCCUUAAAGGUGAACUGUGUAAGUAACAGAGACCACUAUUGGCGUAGUUGGAAAUUGCAACCUAAAGCUCCGCCACCAUCCUCUCCCUUCUAUUAGAGUAGCUACGGUUGCCGUCACAGGACAAAAGGGUUCAAUAAAUGAUAGCGGCCACUAUCGGUGGUGUUGAUAAUUGCAAUCUACAUCUCACAGGCGAACAACACACUGAAGUUACGGACACAGGACAGAGAUGUCGUCGUCUGAGACAGCAGAGAGUAACCUUUGCAAAUCAAGUGACGAGCAAAUUAAGACACCAAGCCCAAAGUGAACGCUUUGGAUACAGAGAGGUAAUCUUAAAAGGAGAUCCAAAGAAGUUGAAUCUUCAUGGGCAGACAUGUGCAGUAUGCUUGGAGGACUUUAAGGUGAAAGAUGAGCUGGGAGUGUUGCCAUGCCAACAUGCCUUUCACAGAAGGUGUGUUGUUAAGUGGCUGGAGGUCCGCUGCGUUUGCCCUAUGUGUAAUAAACCCCUGUCCGGGUCCUCCGAGCAGCACCAGAGUAUAGGCACAUGGCUGGAUGAGCUGGUGUAGCACGUAGGAUGAGCAUCUGGAAAAGGACAAAACUGCCAUUGGACGUUGACUGUCCUCCUUUUUUUUUGAGGAUGAAAACAGUUUGGCAGUUUACUGCUACUGUGUGAUCAGACUGUGACUGUCUAAAUCACAGGGGCAGUGUUUUUUUUAAACAGAUACUAAAGGGAAAGUACAUCUUAGAUGACAAAUGUUGUUUAAAGUAGCUCAUUUUGUUUCAAACUCCUUGGAACACAAAAGGGGCAUUUUUUUAGUAAAAUCAUGACCUCUGUUUUCAUUUUAUUCCAUUUAACAAAUGUAAAUGGGGACUGGAGUGGUUAAACUCAAAAAGCAGCAGAAAGUAUAAUUAAACCAGUGGACAGAUUCUCUCAGUUGAACGUUAUAGAAAACAAGGCCAUACUUUAACAUUGAACACUGGGAGGAAAUGCACGUCAUUGGACAAGCUGGAACGUAGAAAACUAGAGUGACUAAACGCCACCUUUAACAUUCCAACCCUGAACGCUGCAGCACGGUGCACUUGGCCCAAAGAAGUCUUUCACAGUGAUGUGUGUGUGUGUGUGUGUUUGUGUAUUUUACUGUUAUUGUUAGUAGUGACAGAUGUCUCGUCCAUUAUUAAAUUUAUGUGCACAAAUUAUGGACUGUAAUAAGAGAUUUAAGCAAACACUACCACUGUUCUUGGACACUGAUAAAUGGACUGCCAUUAAAAACACACAUGGA